CGCAUGCGCGCCGCGUGCCCGCCCCUCGCCAGCAGCAGAGGAGGAGGCGGCGGUGGCGGCUCUGGGUGAGAGAGCGUGAGGGGAGUGAGAGGUGCCGCUGCCGCCCCGUAUCCGGCAGGACCGCGCGGAGGAGGCGGGAGCGCCCCGGCGGCGGAGGGACCUGAGUGACGGCGGCAGCAGCAGCAGCAGGAGGAGUCAGUGCCCGGCCCCCCCCCCCCCGCGCAGCCCCAUUGCAGCCCCCCCUCCCUCCCGCCCUCCGCGCUCCGCAGCCACCAACAUGUCGGCGCCGGCGGCCAAAGUCAGUAAGAAGGAGCUGAACUCCAACCACGAUGGGGCCGACGAGACCUCAGAAAAAGAGCAACAGGAAGCAAUUGAACACAUUGAUGAAGUACAGAAUGAAAUAGACAGACUGAAUGAACAAGCCAGUGAGGAAAUUUUGAAAGUAGAACAGAAAUACAACAAACUCCGCCAACCAUUCUUCCAGAAGAGGUCAGAAUUGAUCGCCAAAAUCCCGAAUUUCUGGGUAACAACAUUUGUCAACCACCCACAAGUAUCUGCACUGCUGGGAGAAGAAGAUGAGGAAGCACUGCAUUACUUGACCAGAGUUGAGGUGACAGAAUUUGAAGACAUCAAAUCAGGUUACAGAAUAGAUUUUUAUUUUGAUGAGAAUCCCUACUUUGAAAAUAAAGUUCUCUCCAAAGAGUUUCACCUCAAUGAAAGUGGAGACCCAUCUUCAAAAUCAACUGAGAUCAAAUGGAAAUCUGGAAAGGACCUGACAAAACGUUCAAGCCAGACACAGAACAAGGCCAGUAGGAAGAGGCAGCAUGAAGAGCCGGAAAGCUUCUUCACCUGGUUCACUGACCACUCUGAUGCAGGGGCUGACGAACUAGGAGAAGUCAUCAAGGAUGACAUCUGGCCCAAUCCCCUACAGUACUACUUGGUUCCUGAUAUGGAUGAUGAAGAAGGGGAGGGAGAGGAGGAUGAUGAUGAUGAUGAAGAGGAGGAAGGAUUAGAGGAUAUUGAUGAAGAAGGAGAUGAAGAUGAGGGGGAGGAAGAUGAAGAUGAUGAUGAGGGAGAGGAAGGAGAGGAGGAUGAAGGAGAAGAUGACUAAUUGAACACUGAUGGAUUCCAAACCCCCUUUUUACCUUUUUAAUUUUUCUCCAGUCCCUGGGAGCAAGUUGCUGUCUUUUUUUUCUUGUGCUCAGUCGCCUUGUUCUCUUGAGGUCUCUUUUUCUCUCUUCUACACCCUGAAUUCACAAUUUAUUUUGGGCAAAUACCUUGAGCAGAAUACAGUGGAAAAGAAUCUACCAGUUUCUGUUUCAAGUUCAUUUUUAUCCCUUUCUGUCUCAAAACAAAAACUGUUUAUGAAUUCAACACACCAUGUUCUGUGGGAAAAAAGAAAACCUUCUGCUCCCUUCACUCUGCUGGAAGCUGAAGAGUGCUAGGCCCCUGUGUAGUAGUGCAUAGAAUCUAGCUUUUUUCCUUCUUUCUCUGUAUAUUGGGCUCAGAGAUUACACUGUGUCUCUAUGUGAAUAUGGACAGUUAGCAUUUACCAACAUGUAUCUGUCUACUUUCUCUUGUUUAAAAAAAAAGAAAAAACUAAAAAAAAAAAAUAAAAAUAAAAAAGGGGUUAUAGAAGGUCAGCCGGGGUGGGUUUCAGAUGUUUGGGUGGGUUAAGUGGGCAUUUUGACAACAUGGCUUCUUCUCCUUUGGCAUGUUUAAUUGUGAUGUUUAACAAACAUCCUUGCAGUUUAAGAUGACACUUUUAAAAUAAAAUCUUCUCCUAAUGAUGACUUUGAGCCCUGCCACUUGAUGGAGAAUCAGCAGAACCUGUAGGAUCUUAUUUGGAAUUGACAUUCUCUAUUGUAAUUUUGUUCUUGUUUAUUUUUAAAUUCUUUUUUUCUUUUUUUUCUUUUUUUUUUUUUUUUUUGUUUUGUUUUUUUUUUGUUUGUUUUUUUUGGUUUUUUUUGUUUCACUGGAAAGGAAAGAAAGAUGCUCAGUUUUAAACGUUAAAGUGUACAAGUUGCUUUGUUACAAUAAAACUAAAUGUGUACACAAA